AUGGACGACCGCUCCCCUAUCCGCCCUUCUCGAUCACCACCGCGCAAGCGCUACCAGGACGAGGACGAGGACGACAGGGACAAUGAACGCGAUCGGCCCCCCAGCCGCGACGACCGGCCGCGACGCAAGGCCGUGGACAGCUACCGCCCCGAGCGACGCGGUGGCCCUCCUCCUCGCGGCCGCGGAGGCCCUCCCCAACCUAGGCGCGAGCGCACGCCGCCGCCGGUGCCUACCGAAGAGCAGAAGCAGGCCGCCGCCAAGGCCGAGUACGAUCGCCUGCUGAACGCGCGGUCGGGGGGCACGUACAUCCCGCCGGCACGGCUCCGGGCGCUGCAGGCGCAGAUCACGGACAAGACAACAAAGGAGUGGCAGCGGAUGGCGUGGGAGGCGCUCAAGAAGUCGAUUAACGGGCUGAUCAACAAGGCCAACAGCCCGAACCUGAAGCAGAUCGUGCCGGAGCUGUUCCAGGAGAACCUGGUGCGCGGGAAGGGCCUGUUCUGCCAGAGCGUCAUGAAGGCCCAGGCGGCGUCGCUGCCGUUCACACCUAUCUAUGCAGCCAUGGUAGCCAUCGUCAACACAAAGCUGCCCGCCGUCGGGGAGCUGCUCGUCAAGAGGCUGAUCCUGCGGUUCCGCAAGGGCUUUCGCAGGAACGACAAGGCGGUGUGCCUGUCGACCACGACGUUCCUUGCGCACCUGACGAACCACCAGGUCGUGUCGGAGACCCUGGUCGCCCAGAUGCUGCUGCUCCUGCUGCACAAGCCGACGGACGACAGCGUGGAGAUUGCCGUGAACCUGACCAGAGAGGUCGGCCAGUUUCUCGAGGAGAUGAACGAGCCGAUCGCCAGAGCUGUGUUUGACCAGUUCCGCAACAUCCUGCACGACAGCGACAUCGAGAAGCGGGUGCAGUACCAGAUCGAGGUCUUGUUCCAGCAGCGGAAGGACAAGUUCAAGGACAACCCCUCGGUGAGGGAGGAGCUGGACCUGGUCGAGGAGGAGGACCAGAUCACUCACAAUCUGGAGCUGCAGGAGGACAUUGAUGGGCAAGACGGACUGAAUAUUUUUAAGUAUGAUGCCGAGUAUGAAGAACACGAAGAGGCCUACAAGAAACUGAAGGCCGAGAUUCUGGGCGAGGGCAGCGACUAUGAUGACGAUAGUGACGACGACGAUGACGACGAGUCCUCAGAGAGCGAGGACGAGGAACAGAAGGCCGUGGAGAUCAAGGACCAGAGCAAUGCGGACCUGGUCAACCUGCGGAGGACCAUCUAUCUGACGUUGAUGUCGUCCGCAGACUACGAAGAAUCUGUCCACAAGCUUCUGAGGAUUCAAAUCCCAGUGGGGUAUGAAAAGGAGCUGCCGGAGAUGGUCGUUGAAUGUUGCAGCCAGGAGAAGACCUACACUAAGUUCUAUGGCGGUAUCGGAGAGCGGCUGGCAAAGAUCAACAGGAUGUGGAAUGACCUCUUUGAGCGCGCCUUCGUCGAAUACUACGAGAAGAUCCACCGAUACGACAGCAACAAGCUCCGCAAUAUCGCCAGGCUGUUCGGACACAUGUUCGGCUCUGACGCCAUUGCCUGGCACUGCCUCUCAGUCAUCCACCUGAACGAGGAAGAAACCACUUCGGCCUCUCGUAUCUUCAUCAAGAUCCUCUUCCAGGAGGUCGUCGAAGAGAUCGGCAUGGCCAAGCUGCAAGCUCGGUGCAGAGACGAUAUCCUUGGGCCGAGUCUCGAGGGUCUCUUCCCCCAUGGUGACAACCGCCGCAACAUCCGCUUUGCCAUCAACUACUUCACAUCAAUCGGAAUGGGUGCUCUCACCGAGGAUAUGCGAGAAUAUCUACAGAACCUACCCCCACCAGCACUUCCUGCGCCAGUCAAGGUGGCGGACGACUCGGAUUCGGAC